CCGAAGGUCUCUCUUGCAUUUGUUAUGACAUGAAUAGGAUGCCAAGCAGAGGCUGCAAUAAUGAAAUACCAGUUACGUUCUGACUCCUCCUCUAGUUGGCUUUGUGGGUGGAGAAUGUAUGGGCAGGUUAAACCGCAAAGGAGGGGAUAACCAACAGGUGGAGAACUAAAAACAGUGGAGCACAACAGACUUGAUUUGAUUCAGGGUGAUGAGGAGAUGAGCAUGCAAGUUUGAGUCACUGUGCGUAUGUGAUAGCUGAAGACCUUGACUGUCCACCAGCCCCUCUUUCAGGAAGCUGUGAAUGACAGUUCUCCAGAGCGAAACUGCACCGGUGCUGCCUCUUUCCCCAAUUCCCAAGAGCUAAUUUAAAAUGUUGAGUCAUCUGCUGUGCCGGUUGAAGAAGCUUACAUCCUUUGCUUUUACACCCUCAGGUCCUCUCUCCAGUUCCUGAUUGUUCUGUUACCUUCACAUAUUUUGUGACUCUGCUGUACUUAGUGCCUCUUAUGUUCUGACAAGUUUUACUAAUGAGUUCUAGAAGGAAGUGGUGUCCCUCUAGGUCUGCUCAAACUUAUGAGCUAAGCAUCUAAGAACAUGUAGUUCUGACUGAGCUUUCUUCAUAGAACUGUAUUUUUUUUCUUAAACUCUAAAUUACUGCGUAGCUUUUUAUCCAACUUUGUCAGUGUCAGGGAUUUUAAAGCUUAGAGACAGGCAUAGUUUGCACUAUAAUUAUACUUAGUGAGAACUAUUUUUCACUCUUUUAAGCUGCCUGAGAUCUACUGAAGCAAAUACAUACGCUCAGGUUUUAUUGUUGACUAGUAUGGUAGCUUUCACCCAGAAAAUGAAUUCUUUCAAGCAGUCCUGAUUCUCUUUCCCCUGUACAACGAGGGAAAGUGUAAUAAAACUCACUUGCCACCUUAAUUGAGAUUUACUUCAUGCUAUUUUGGCCUGCUACGAUACAGAAACCAAGUUACAAGGCAAUGUGACAGAAUAGUAAAAGAAACAAAAUAUUCUAAUUGCCUUCUAACUAGGGACUUGUAAUUGUUUACAGUUGAAACUUGUCCAUAUUAAGGAGUAAAUUUGAAGUUAGGGGUCUCAUAGCGAUCUUAAUUCAGCUCUGUUAUGUGUAUGAAGUAUUUCAGUGUUUCAUCAUAAGAACCUUUAAGUCCAACAGCUCUUUCAUUUUGUGCUUCCAUUAGUUGUAUGCAUAGGGUGGGUAAGAUGUCAUUCAUGCUGUUGGGAAUCUUUGGGCAACACGCUGCCCAGUAUUAGCACAACAUAGAUCUGUGGCUGAAACUUGUGUGUUGCCUCUAGCGUUUAUUGCUUAGUCUUAAGCAAAACAAAAAUAAAAGCUGUAAUAGAGUUCUGAUCUUAUUUACUCUUUUAAACCACUUUAGUUUAAUGUUUAAGAUCAAUGGCUUGGAACAGCUUUGCUAUCUUUUUGAUAUAUGAUGCUCUUGAUAAUUUUUUUCUUUCCAAAACUCACUGAACCAGCUUAAACAGUUCUACCAAGCGAUGGCAUUAAACAGGAAAUUUAUGUUAUUCUUGCUUUUUGUUGGUUUGUCCUUUUUCUAUUACACCUCCAGAGUGGUACUGAGUAGAUAUUCUAGGAAAGAUGCUGAGUGAAACUACUUUUUCACUUGCAUGUUGGUGUUGGUGAUCUAUUGAGUUUUCCAGUGUAUUCAGUAAGUGAAGAUAAGAGGUUCUUUUAACAAUUCCUUCGAAUCUGGAUAUCACUUUCCUUUAAUUCUAGUUUUGGAAAUUCAGUUUUUGCAAAGAAGGGGCUUUUGCCUGGAGGAUAAAAUCAAGACUUGCCUAUUUCUUUUUAUUUAUUCCUUAUACUGUAGCAGUCAGUAACUAAACUUCAAAGCAGCUCCUGACUUGGAUUUUCAAAAUCUAACACGUAGUUUCUGGCUUUUGUCAAAGCAAAAUUUGUCAUUUUUUUGUUUAACAUCAGUAAAAAUAUAAGUGUUGUUUGGAAAAGAGAUUGAAAGGAAGGUUCACUUUGGUACUUCCCAACUGUGUAGGCUUUUCUUUAAUUACAAAGGAUGCAGUUCCUAAACCAGCCACUCCUGAUUUUCCUGUUUUAUGCUAGCCCAGUUAUAGUACUAGAUUAGGCUACAGAAGAGAUCCUUAGCAAGGAGUUGAUUAGAUAUAUUUACUUGGAGUGUUUAUUUUCCAGGAUACAGGGGAACCUUCCAGUUUUCUGAAAUAUCUGUUUUAUUGUUAGACUUUUUUUUUUUCUCAGAUCCUUUCAGAGGAAUAGCAAAAAUUCCAGUUUUGUCAGUGAAAAAUGACAAAAUGAGGAGCUAUGAGAUAUGGUUUAGUGGCUUAUGGUAGCAAGGGUAAUGGGAGGACAGCUGGACUAGAUGAUCUUGUAGAUCCUUUCCUACACUGUGAUUCUAUGAUUCCUCACCUCUUUCUUUCUCUUCUAUGAAAAUAAUAGUGGCAGCAUUUAUUUGGGAAGUAGUAGGUAUUUUCACCCUAGGUUGAGCAGAGUAUCUGUCACCAAGCUGUUGUUUUCACACGUGAUGUAUAGCUGUUUCCUUGGCACUGUUAGAAGCUGCAAGGAAGAAGUUCUGAGCUCAGCAAUCCUAGAAAAAGGAUGUUUGUGCUGGGCAAGGUUUCAGAUUUCUUAUUAGAGCCAAUCCUGAGUCAGACUGGGCCUUUGCAGCUGCUGCUGAUUCUUUGGAAGCAGAGUGUGUAUGACAGCACACUCUGAGAGUAACAACUCAUGGCAAUUUAUGCAAGCUACAAUGACUGGCCUUCUUUGAAAUCUAGUAUCUACAGCCUGAUUCCAGCACUGGAAAGGGCUGCCACCACUUUGGCUUAUUCUCUGUGUCUUUGUGCUGUCACAGGCCCUUGACAAAACAUGGCGCAUAUAUUAAAGACGCUCAACAGCUGGUUCUGGUGGGAGAAUAUUUGGAUGCCAAUCAAUUGCACAUGGGCUGAUUUCGUAGACCGCGAUGGCCUCGUCUUUCCAAAGCCACAACAGUUGUAUGCCACAAUACCGUAUGCUUUUGUAUUGCUGAUUAUCCGGUUCUUCACUGAAAGAUACAUUGCUAUUCCUCUAGCAAAAGCCUUAGGUAUAAAGAAUGUGAGACGUGUGAAGCCGCAGCCUAAUCCUGUUUUAGAGAGUUAUUUCCGGGAGUGCUCAAGACAUCCAUCUCAAUCAGAGAUUCAAGGCCUUGCCAAAAAGUGCAACUGCACAGUCCAUCUGGUGGAAAAGUGGUUUAGGAGACGGCGAAACCUUGAGAUCCCAACGGUGCUUCGGAAGUUCCAGGAAGCUUUCUGGAGAUUUUCAUUCUAUUUUGCAUCCUCCAUUGCUGGAUUUAUAUUUCUGUAUGAUAAGCCUUGGUUGUACGACAUAUGGCAGACGUGGGUUGGCUAUCCAUUUCAGACUAUGCUGCCGUCUCAAUACUGGUACUACAUGGCUGAGAUUAGUUUCUACUGGUCUCUCUUAUUUACACUUGGGAUUGAUACCAAAAGGAAGGAUUUUUUGGCUCACGUCGUUCAUCACUUUGCAGCCAUUGGGUUGAUGAGUUGCUCUUGGUGUGGCAAUUACUUGCGUAUUGGAACACUGGUGAUGUUUGUGCAUGAUACUGCAGAUUUCUGGCUUGAGGCAGCCAAAAUGUUUAAUUAUGCUCGCUGGGAGAAAACCUGCAAUAUGCUUUUUUUCAUCUUUUCUAUCGCAUUCUUCAUCACAAGAAUCAUCCUGUUCCCCUUCUGGAUUCUGCGUGCCACGUUGUAUCAACCUACAUUCUACUCCACCACUCCAGUCAUAGCAUAUUUCUUAUUCAAUGGGCUGCUAUUGACCCUUCAAGGCUUACAUUUAUAUUGGGGUUACUUGAUCUUCAAGAUUUUGAAAAGGUUCAUUUUCUUAAAGGACUUGAAAGAUGACCGGAGUGAUGAAGAGGAAGAAGAUUCUGUAACGGAUAAUGAAGAGGAGUCCACAAAGAACGGCAAUAAGAAUGGCUGUGGCUCAGGCAAACAUCUCCUUACCAGCAGUCACCACUAGCCCCCUCGUGCCUCACCUCCUGCAGCGAUUUCUACUCUGUUUUUAACCCAACUUAUGGGAUAAAACCUAAGUCAACACGCUUAGGAGACACUGAUUGAUUUAUUGUUGGCUACUGGGCCUGGAAAAAAGCCCAGUAAACGGGGAGGGGAAAAUUGCAUAAGAUGACAAAAUGUGUUAAUGACCCACUUUCUGAAUCAUUGCUUAGCAUUUGGAAAGGUGCUUGGACACAGACUGCUCCACUCUCACAGUGCUCUACAAGGUGGAAGUGUCAGAUCGUUUAGUGUCCCAUUGAUUUUAACUGUUUUUCAGUCUGAUCGUCAAUUUCAUCAAGCAGUUUCAUUCAUAGGUGCUUCAUGGGAGGUACCUAGUGUGAACUGCAUCAGGAGACAGAGUUACUCGAUGCAGGGAAAAAUGACAGCGGUGUAGGUUGGCUAACGUUGUAUCUUUACUUUUCAGUUUAAAAUCUCAUUAAAGUGGCUAUUUUUUA